UAUGUAGCUUUAAUUUUUACCAAGGUGUAUUUGUUACUUUUAUAUUGACACGCCUAACCUGCAUCUCACUCGCACAUUAUUUAAAAGAACGAGAAAGGAAUAGACAGUCGCUUCUUGCAAUCCAUGUCAGAAAACGUUUAAGAGAGAAUACUGUUAAUAUUGAGCUGAAUAUUUUCCUAAUUAUUAACAAAAUGAUUAUAGUACAAACACACAGUUGGCACUAAGGUACGUUAUUGGGACGGUAAGAUGUUUUAACACUCCCUCAUCUAGAUUUAAGACUACAUUUACAAAAACAAAGAGGGUAAAUUCUCCAAUUAAAAUAGUGUUUAUAAAGUGGAGAUAUAUGUUCUGAUAAACUAUUAGCUUCGGCAAUUAUCGCCAAACUUCGUAGAACAUGAACAACGUAGAACAAUUUAAAUUUUAACGGUUUUCUCUAAUUAGAAUACGUAAGUCACGAUUAUUGCCAGCGCGCAAAAUUCAUAACAUUUUAUUCUUUACAAGUAAAAAAUCUUAUUGAUUUAAAGUGAAUAUUAAUUAGAAAGUGCUUUUUCAUAACAUUAUCAACUAUUGAGGUAUCGCAUGCUUAGCUUUAACUAUUUUUAAUUUAACUUUCUACUUAUGUUGUCGAGAAAUAUCAAAACCGAUGUUGGACUGGUAGAUGUUUUUAUUUUUAAAGUCGUGAAUGAAAUAUUAAUUUGUAACUGACAAAAUCAAGAUUCAGUGCUGAACAUUUCUCUUUUACCGGUACCUUUUCAUUACUUGAUAGGAUCUUGUGAAUAAUAAACUUAGUUAUAAAAAUCACCGGGACGAAUUGUGCCCUGACGACAUCACGGAAACAUCAUAGUUGCCAGUCGACAACAUACUGUUAACUAUAUAAUAGAAAGUGUAAAUACAUAUUUAUACAGUAUACAAUUCACUAACAAGUUAUUAUUAAUAAUAUCAUAUGGAAAAUACGGUUUACUGACGCUUACGGUACGUGAUAAACAUUAUAAAUGUAGUGGCUUACAAUAAUAUAAUUGAAUAGGGACAACAGCGUUGGGUUUUUUUGUCAUAAAAAUACGUGUGUAAUUACAAUUGCUUCAAACUCUCUAUAAGAGAGUGGCUAGCCCUCAUUCCAGCGCUGCUAUACCCAAUACAUCUAUUUCCUUAUGUGAUCCUGGCCUAAACGUUCUAUUCAUAUAACAUACUCUGUGGUCUACACCCUCUAAUGUCACUGUCAAAUAAAAGUUAAGGCACUAGAAUAGACAAUCGAAAAAUAAAAAAUAGAAAAGCACCAAAUAAAUGUUAAAAAAAAUCUAAAAGUGCGUUGUCCAAAUUCGGUGUUACCAGCACCAUGUAAACUUAAUAAUACCUAAAUAACAAUAAAAACCUAUAUACACAAAAACUUGGUCCUCAAACCUUUGGAAAUACAACAAUAACAUACAAACAAAGUAAUAACACAUUCAUCAAUAAAUCAACGAUAAAAUGUUGUUCGUAAUAUCAACACAAUUUACGAUUUUUGCGUACAAUCGCUACUAAGUGAAUAUUUAUGAACCUUUUUACACACUUCAUUACAACAUAUAUAAAUAUCAUGAUUUCUAAAUAGGGCUCCAUAAUAUUUAAAUUAUAAAUGGAAUUAUUAUAUUAAUCGUCUUCUAAAAUACUUGUAGUUUAGUUAGAUUAAUCGUUAAUAAGUACUUUAUUCAAAGGUAUAUCAAGUACGAAGAAUCUUUAAACGACUCCAUUUAGUAUAAGUUUGGUGUUCAGUCUUUCCAUUUUUAUAUAAAUCUGGUAGAAAGGACAUAGAUAACUCUUGUGCAUCUAUAUUAUUCAAGUAAAUCGAAUUUCAUGCAGUUCUAUCACAUUAAUGCUGUGUAAAGUAUUGCAGGUCGCAAUAAUAUGCUUACUUCUAAGGAAUGUCGCUUAAGUCUAGUCUCUAUUACUUUUUAAAGAGAGCCGUCACUUCUUCGAUCGUCCUAUUUUUCGUCUCUGGCAACUGCAGAUACGUAAAGAUGAAGAAUAGAAUUAGGAGGACAGUGUAGGGCAAGAACACGUAGUUACCGAACGCAUCAGACAUCGGAAUGAAGGUUAACCCUACGAUGAAGUUAGCAAACCAGUUGACGAGAGCCCCGACACUGACCGCCGCACUGCGGGCGCCCUGUCCGAACAACUCUGACAGCAACAUCCACGGUAUCGAGCUAGGACCCACACCGAAGAACGCAACGUACAGGAACGUAAAUAUAACGGCAAAUAUACUCAUCGUAGUGUUAUCGUUAUACGUGAAGAAAGCUAUAGUCAUGAGCACAGAGAACAGUGCCAUACCUGCAAGACCGACCAGCUGUAGCGUUCGUCUUCCUAGACGAUCCAUAAGAGGAAUCGACACGAGAGCCAUUAUAAACAACAUGCUGCCAACGCCUAUAGAGGACAACCGAGCAUUCUCCUGCGUUAGGCCUGCAUUCACGAAUAUCGUGGUGGAGUAAUACAGUACCGCAUUAAUGCCUCCCAGCUGUUGAGACAAGUGCAUCACGACUCCAAUUACAAGUGGCUUUCGAAGAGCUUUAAUCACAAACAGGUCUCGAAUAGAAAACUUCUCCUCCUGUCUAGCUGCACGAUCUUCUACAUGCAUAUCAUUGAUCUCGUCAUCGAUUUCACUUGUACCUCGGAUUUUAGCCAGCUCGGCCCGAGCGGUCUCUUCAUCCCGAGCGACCAACAGCAAAUAACGAGGACUCUCGGGAGCAAAUAUAAUCAUCACGAAUUGAAUGGCUGAUGGGAAAAUUGCAAGUCCAAGUAGCCACGGCCAACCUUCGUCGCUUCCCAUUAUCAUAUCGAUACCCAAGAUCUGGGCUCCAAUCAAUCCAAAUGCGACCGCCAACUGGUUAACUGUACCAAAUGCACCCCUUAGCCUCACCGGGGCUACUUCUGACACGUAAGUGGGGGAGGCUGUUGUUGCAAAGCCGCAGUUUACUCCAAUGAUGAAUCGACCAAUAAUGAUCAUUUCUACUGAGUUUGCGAGUUUACUGAAACCCAUACAUAUAGCACCAAGGACACCAAUCAUAGAAUUGACGACAAUUGCGUUUUUGCGGCCGUAUUUUUCAAGCAUCCAGCUGGCAAAGGGGCAUCCAAUCAUACCACCGACAGCGAAGAUACUGACGAUGACGCUGAAUAUGGUGCUGGGGCUUGCAUCGUACUGCGUGCUGAUAAAAUUUUCGAUGAAGGGACGCGGAGCGUUGAUGACCCCUGUGUUGAAGCCGAACUGCAGCAUGCCCAGUACCGCGGCGCCCACCGCGUACAGGAGCACGCCCGUUACUCCACCCGCCAUCUUCUGCGAAGGAUCGGAUGAUCCCAUUUUAGGACACGUCAAUUCGUGUCGAACUAUCGAACAGUUAUGUCCCCGAAAUAAUGAGUUUAUCAAUGAGUUGAGAUAAAGAAUUUGAUCUGAUCUGAGAUACGGUACAAUAAAUAAAUAAUCAAUUGGAAUAAAAUAAUACAAGGUAUCUUGAUGGCACGAUAACAGUGUAACUAGGGAAUUUAGAAU